GAAUUGUUACUGAGGGACACAGAAUUGUUACUCAGGGACACAGAAUUGUUACUGAGGGACACAGAAUUGUUACUGAGGGACACAGAAUUGUUACUCAGGGACACAGAAUUGUUACUGAGGGACACAGAAUUGUUACUCAGGGACACAGAAUUGUUACUGAGGGACACAGAAUUGUUACUCAGGGACACAGAAUUGUUACUCAGGGACACAGAAUUGUUACUCAGGGACACAGAAUUGUUACUCAGGGACACAGAAUUGUUACUCAGGACACAGAAUUGUUACUCAGGGACACAGAAUUGUUACUCAGGGACACAGAAUUGUUACUCAGGGACAGACACAGAAUUUAAUUAAAGAGUAUGUCAGACAACAUGCAGAGGAGUGGCAGAGGAGGCAAUGUUUUAGGAGCGAGCAGACGUGGCAGCAGAGGAAGGGGUCGAGGCAGC